CAGAAGCAGCUGACAAAGAGAGGACGCCUGGAUAGCUACAAAGUACCAUCUUUCUGUUGUGUUUAAUGAAACGUAUUUUAGGCAACACUUUUACUUUUUUUUUUAACCAGUGUUGUCUUUUCGGUGGACCGUGACCAUGAGGAGGAGGUUGGUCAAAAUUUUUCUGGUUUUCUGUGUUUGGAUGUCUUUUCAUGUUGUUGCUAAGUUAAUACGUCGGCAGCUUGCUACAGUAACUAGGUCGCUCGCCAACUUAACCGACGAGGCUAAUAUCUUCAGUUAGCUAGCAAAGACUAACCAACGUCACAUAAUAUUGGCGUAAGAUUCUGCAGUAAAGUUAGCUGUCGUAACCUGUCGUUAGUAACUAAGUUACUUGCCAUACUAACUAGCCGUUUGUCCCAUAACCAACGCUACUGUAUAUUAUCACAAGUAACUAUGUAAAAUGGCUAGAAAUGUAUUUAACGUUAGCCUGCCGAGACGGAAUGCCAAUCAAUGAGUCCUUGAUCAGAAAAUGUACAUGACAACUUGACCAACUUCCUACAUAGCUAGCUACUUGUCAUUUGACACCUUCGACAAACCUACUCAGCUCAAUUGUUAUUUUGAUCAACAACAAGCUCUGCAAUGCACAUAAUCUUUACUAAUGUCAAAGCCAGUGUGUCUAUGUAUGUGGAUGACUCAACACUAUACAUGUCAGCUACUACAGCGACUGAAAUGACUGCAACACUUAACAAAGAGUUGCAGUUAGUUUCAGAGUGGGUGGCAAGGAAUGUUAGUCCUAAAUAUUUAUAAAACUAGGAACAAAUCAUUGACUAAACUUCAAACCUCAAUUAAAUAUUGUAAUAAAUAAUGUGGAGAUUGAACAAGUUGAGGUGACUGAACUGCUUGGAGUAACCCGGGAUUGUAAACUGUCAUGGUCAAAACAUAUUGAUACAACAGUAGCUAAGAUGGGGAGAAGUCUGUCCUACAGGCCCUAGUUUUGUCGCACCUGGACUACUGUUCAGUUGUGUGGUCAGGUGCCACAAAGAGGGACUUAGGAAAAUUACAAUUGGCUCAGAAAAGGGCAGCACGGCUGGCCCUUGGAUGUACACAGAGAGCAAACAUUAAUAAUAUGCAUGUCAAUCUCUCCUGGUUCAAAGUGGAGGAGAGAUUGACUUCAUCACUGCUUGUUUUGUGAGAGGUGUUGACAUGUUGAAAGCACCGAGCUGUCUGUUUGAACGACUGGCACACAGCUCAGACACCCAUGCAUACCCCACAAGACAUGCCACCAGAGGUCUCUUCACAGUCCCCAAGUCCAGAACAGACUAUGGGAGGCGCACAGUACUACAUAGAGCCAUGACUACAUGGAACUCUAUUCCACAUCAAGUAACUGAUGCAAGCAGUAGAAUCAGAUUUUUUUUUUUAAAACAGAUAAAAAUACACCUUAUGGAACAGCGGGGACUGUGAAGCAACACAAACAUAGACACAUGCAUACACACAUGAUAACAUACGCUCUAUACACACACGUACACAUGGAUUUUGUGUUGUGGAGUAGUGCCCUGAGGGAACACACUUAGUGUGCUGUGAAAUCUGUUCUGAAUGUAUUGUAAUGUUUUUUUAAAUGUAUAACUGCCUUAAUUUUGUUGGACCCCAGGAAGAGUAGCUGCUGCCUUGGCAGCAGCUAAUGGGGAUCCAUAAUAUAUAUACAAAUACAAAAUGAGCCAUAACAAUCCAUGGACAGUGUGAACCUGAUCUAUACUCUUUCCCGUAGUUGCAGGCUGCAGCAUUCAUAUUUAACAACAUAUUUAAGUUGCUGUCACCUGCUUUUUUUAUCUUUCUCCCUGUACAGUGAAAUCCACGCUGCAGAGUCGGUAGAAUGUCUGAAUCGAGCCCUUAACCGGUUGAAGGACAUCUGGGAGGAAAUAGGGAUUCCAGAGGAUCAGCGACUACAAAGGACUGAUGUGGUUAAGAAACAUAUCAAAGUGAGUUCUGCUUCUUUCCAAAGCCUAUAGGUUUACUUGUUAUCCAGUGGGCACUGGCCUAGAAAAACAGUGCUGUCACACUCUCAUUUUAGACCAAGGUGCAUGGGCAGACUGAAGAUUGAGAUAUUUAUUCAGCAACUCUUUGUAGGUUAAAUGGGAGGUUGCUUUUUGAAUCAAACUUCCAGUGUACUACCAAGAGUUGCUGAAUAUCUCUUUUAUAACCAGUGGCCUGUCUUCUAACCUGUUUUUUUUUAUUAUUCUACCAGGGCUUGCUGGACAUGAUGAUCGCUGAGGAGGACAGUCUAAGGAAGAGAUUGAUGAGCAGUAUAGAGUCCUGUCGCAAAGAGCUGGAUGUUCUGUGCACUGAGCUUCAGCUAUCCCCGUUUGAGGUAUACUACAAACAUGACAAAGAUAAUGUAUUCUACCUUUUUAGAAAUGAAAUGGGCAAAGACAAUAAGAGACCCCCUAUUACCUUAAUGUUGCAUCUUUUUUUAUUCAGGGCUCACUUCAACAGGAGAUGCCAAUCUCAAUGUUAAUUUCCUGGUUAAAUAAAAGGAAUGAGAAAUAUUGUUAAUGUUCCUCUCACACAUCUUGACGUGUCUAUAGAAAGACGAUGCUGCAGCUUGCUAAUGUUCCUCUCAACCAUCUUGACGUGUCUAUAGAAAGACGAUGCUGCAGCUUGCUAAUGUUCCUCUCAACCAUCUUGACGUGUCUAUAGAAAGACGAUGCUGCAGCUUGCUAAUGUUCCUCUCAACCAUCUUGACGUGUUUAUAGAAAGACGAUGCUGCAGCUUGCUAAUGUUCCUCUCACACAUAUCUUGACGUGUCUAUAGAAAGACGAUGCUGCAGCUUGCUAAUGUUCCUCUCACACAUAUCUUGACGUGUCUAUAGAAAGACGAUGCUGCAGCUUGCUAAUGUUCCUCUCACACAUCUUGACGUGUCUAUAGAAAGACGAUGCUGCAGCUUGCUAAUGUUCCUCUCACACAUCUUGACGUGUCUAUAGAAAGACGAUGCUGCAGCUUGCUAAUGUUCCUCUCACACAUCUUGACGUGUCUAUAGAAAGACGAUGCUGCAGCUUGCUAAUGUUCCUCUCAACCAUCUUGACGUGUCUAUAGAAAGACGAUGCUGCAGCUUGCUAAUGUUCCUCUCACACAUCUUGACGUGUCUAUAGAAAGACGAUGCUGCAGCUUGCUAAUGUUCCUCUCAACCAUCUUGACGUGUCUACAGGAGGACGAGGGGAGGACAAUGCUGCAGCUGGAGAAAGACAUCCGGUCACGGCUGGAGGUGACGAUGAAACAGAAGAGUCAGAGGGUCAAGGAGCUCAAGACUCUGUCCAAGCAGGACCGGGAGCUGUGUGACAUCAUGUGUUCAGUCCCCUUCUGUAUCGACGUGGACGCGGUCCCAUCCCUGGAACAACUGGACGGCUAUCGCUCCUACCUCAACGAUCUCACUAAAGAGAAGGUGUGCAUGCUUCGUUGUUCAUCUUUUUUCCUAGGAUGUAGCCAGCAUUUACGACCAGGAGUAGAUGAAUCCAGUGGUGCAACCCAGAAGACUGUAGCUCGGACACACGUUUUAAAAGGGGUUAAAGUUCACAACGCGCUGGCUUUACGGUGGGACUCAUUGGGUUAAAAAGCACAGACUCUAGGUUACUUUGAGGUGCAGUUCUUAAGUUUGAAUAGGCAUGUGAUGAUCUAAUAUAUAAUAAUAUACUGUAUAUAGUAGACCUGUAUAUAGUUAUAGUAGACCUACUGUAUAUAGUUGUAGUAGACCUACUGUAUAUAGUUGUAGUAGACCUACUGUAUAUAGUUAUAGUAGACCUACUGUAUAUAGAUAUAGUAGACCUACUGUAUAUAGUUAUAGCAGACCUAAUGUAUAUAGUAGACCUACUGUAUAUAGUUAUAGCAGACCUACUGUAUAUAGUUAUAGUAGACCUACUGUAUAUAGUUAUAGUAGACCUACUGUAUAUAGUUAUAGUAGACCUACUGUAUAUAGUUAUAGUAGACCUGUAUAUAGUUAUAGUAGACCUAAUGUAUAUAGUAGACCUACUGUAUAUAGUUAUAGCAGACCUACUGUAUAUAGUUAUAGCAGACCUAAUGUAUAUAGUAGACCUACUGUAUAUAGUUAUAGUAGACCUACUGUGUAUAGUUAUAGUAGACCUACUGUAUAUAGUUAUAGUAGACCUACUGUAUAUAGUUAUAGUAGACCUAAUGUAUAUAGUAGACCUACUGUAUAUAGUUAUAGCAGACCUACUGUAUAUAGUUAUAGCAGACCUAAUGUAUAUAGUAGACCUACUGUAUAUAGUUAUAGUAGACCUACUGUGUAUAGUUAUAGUAGACCUACUGUAUAUAGUUAUAGUAGACCUAAUGUAUAUAGUAGACCUACUGUAUAUAGUUAUAGCAGACCUACUGUAUAUAGUUAUAGCAGACCUACUGUAUAUAGUUAUAGCAGACCUACUGUAUAUAGUUAUAGCAGACCUACUGUAUAUAGUUAUAGUAGACCUACUGUAUAUAGUUAUAGUAGACCUACUGUAUAUAGUUAUAGCAGACCUACUGUAUAUAGUAGACCUGUGUAUAGUUAUAGUAGACCUACUGUAUAUAGUUAUAGUAGACCUACUGUAUAUAGUAGACCUACUGUGUAUAGUUAUAGUAGACCUACUGUAUAUAGUUAUAGUAGACCUACUGUAUAUAGUUAUAGUAGACCUACUGUAUAUAGUUAUAGUAGACCUACUGUAUAUAGUUAUAGUAGACCUAUUGUAUAUAGUUAUAGUAGACCUAUUGUAUAUAGUUAUAGCAGACCUACUGUAUAUAGUUAUAGUAGACCUACUGUAUAUAGUAGACCUACUGUAUAUAGUUAUAGUAGACCUACUGUAUAUAGUUAUAGUAGACCUAUUGUAUAUAGUUAUAGUAGACCUAUUGUAUAUAGUUAUAGCAGACCUACUGUAUAUAGUUAUAGCAGACCUACUGUAUAUAGUUAUAGUAGACCUACUGUAUAUAGUUAUAGUAGACCUACUGUAUAUAGAUAUAGUAGACCUACUGUAUAUAGUUAUAGUAGACCUACUGUAUAUAGUUAUAGUAGACCUACUGUAUAUAGUAGACCUACUGUAUAUAGUUAUAGUAGACCUACUGUAUAUAGUUAUAGCAGACCUACUGUAUAUAGUAGACCUGUGUAUAGUUAUAGUAGACCUACUGUAUAUAGUUAUAGUAGACCUACUGUAUAUAGUUAUAGUAGACCUACUGUAUAUAGUUAUAGUAGACCUACUGUAUAUAGUUAUAGUAGACCUACUGUAUAUAGUUAUAGUAGACCUACUGUAUAUACACUGCUCAAAAGAAUAAAGGGAACACUAAAAUAACACAUCCUAGAUCUGAAUGAAUUUAAAUAAUUUUAUUAAAUACUUUUUUUCUUUACAUAGUUGAAUGUGCUGACAACAAAAUCACACACAAAUUAUCAAUGGAAAUCAAAUUUAUCAACCCAUGGAGGUCUGGAUUUGGAGUCACCCUCAAAAUUAAAGUGGAAAACCACACUACAGGCUGAUCCAACUUUUAUGUAAUGUCCUUAAAACAAGUCAAAAUGAGGCUCAGUAGUGUGUGUGGCCUCCAUGUGCCUGUAUUUACAUUUACGUCAUUUAGCAGACGCUCUUAUCCAGAGCGACUUACAAAUCGGUGCAUUCACCUUAUAACCAGUGGGAUAACCACUUUACAAUUAUAUAUAUUUUUUUGGUGGGGGUAGAAGGAUUACUUUAUCCUAUCCCAGGUGUUCCUUAAAGAGGUGGGGUUUCAAAUGUCUCCGGAAGGUGGUGAGUGACUCCGCUGUCCUGGCGUCGUGAGGGAGCUUGUUCCAUCAUUGGGGUGCCAGAGCAGCGAACAGUUUUGACUGGGCUGAGCGGGAACUGUGCUUCAGCAGAGGUAGGGGAGCCAGCAGGCCAGAGGUGGAUGAACGCAAUGCCCUCGUUUGGGUGUAGGGACUGAUCAGAGCCUGAAGGUACGGAGGUGCCGUUCCCCUCACAGCUCCGUAGGCAAGCACCAUGGUCUUGUAGCAGAUGCGAGCUUCAACUGGAAGCCAGUGUAGUGUGCGGAGGAGCGGGGUGACGUGAGAGAACUUGGGAAGGUUGAACACCAGACGGGCUGCGGCAUUCUGGAUGAGUUGUAGGGGUUUAAUGGCACAGGCAGGGAGCCCAGCCAACAGCGAGUUGCAGUAAUCCAGACGGGAGAUGACAAGUGCCUGGAUUAGGACCUGUGCCGCUUCCUGGGUAAGGCAGGGUCGUACUCUCCGAAUGUUGUAGAGCAUGAACCUACAGGAUCGGGUCACCGCCUUGAUGUUAACAGAGAAUGACAGGGUGUUGUCCAGGGUCACGCCAAGGCUCUUCGCACUCUGGGAGGAGGACACAACGGAGUUGUCAACCGUGAUGGCGAGAUCAUGGAACGGGCAGUCCUUCCCCGGGAGGAAGAGCAGCUCCGUCUUGCCAAGGUUCAGCUUGAGGUGGUGAUCCGUCAUCCAUACUGAUAUGUCUGCCAGACAUGCAGAGAUGAGAUUCGCCACCUGGUUAUCAGAAGGGGGAAAGGAGAAGAUUAGUUGUGUGUCGUCUGCGUAGCAAUGAUAGGAGAGGCCAUGUGAGGAUAUGACAGAGCCAAGUGACUUGGUGUAUAGCGAGAAUAGGAGAGGGCCUAGAACUGAGCCCUGGGGGACACCAGUGGUGAGAGCACGUGGUGCGGAGACAGCUUUCUCGCCACGCCACUUGGUAGGAGCGACCGGUCAGGUAGGACGCAAUCCAAGAGUGAGCCGCGCCGGAGAUGCCCAGCUCGGAGAGGGUGGAGAGGAGGAUCUGAUGGUUCACAGUAUCAAAGGCAGCAGACAGGUCUAGAAGGACAAGAGCAGAGGAGAGAGAGUUAGCUUUAGCAGUGCGGAGAGCCUCCUUGACACAGGGAAGAGCAGUCUCAGUUGAAUGACCAGUCUUGAAACCUGACUGGUUUGGAUCAAGAAGGUCAUUCUGAGAGAGAUAGCAAGAGAGUUGGCUAAAGACGGCACGCUCAAUAGUUUUGGAGAGAAAAUAAAGAAGGGAUACUGGUCUGUAGUUGUUGACAUCGGAGGGAUCGAGUGUUGGUUUUUUGAGAAGGGGUGCAACUCUCGCUCUCUUGAAGACGGAAGGGACAUAUCCAGCGGUCAAGGAUGAGUUGAUCGGUGAGAUGAGGUAAGGGAGAAGGUCACCGGAGAUGGUCUGGAGAAGAGAGGAGGGGAUAGGGUCAAGCCGGCAGGUUGUUGGCCUUCCUAAGCCAGUUUUAAUGGCAAGUAAGCCUUAUGUCCACAUAGGAUUGAACAGGAUUAAGUAAGUAAAUAUGGUAGUCUAACACUCUCUGUUCUAUGUUCAUUCAGACAAUCUUGGUUUCAUUAAGUUGAGGAUUAUGCUCUCUCCGUUCUGUGUUCCAGGAUCGUCGCCACAGUGAGUUUGUGGGCAUCAAGCGUCAGAUCAUGGCGUGUAUGGAGGAGCUGGACCAGCUGCCGGACACCAGCUUUGAGAGGGACGUGGUGUGUGAGGACGAGGAGGCCUUCUGUCUGUCCAACGACAACAUCACAGCUCUCCAACUGCUGCUGGGACAGGUGAGGUGAACUGCUGAAGUCUGUUCAGUUACAUUGUGGAAUGUCAUGAAUGGAGCUGUCGUGAUUCUUUUAGUCUACGUCAGAGAGGAAUGUUUGUUCUACAUAAACAUUUUUCUAUCUGAACAUUGAACAAUUUGAUACUCUGUGUCCAAAUUAUGUAAAUAUAGUAUGUUAUAUUAUUUGUAUAUGCAUGGUAUUUCAUUUUUACAAAAAUACGUCCCAUAUGCCAUCUUCUCGUCAGUCAUCAGCUCGUCACCUGACGGUCUUGUUGUGUUAUUCUCAGCUGGAGGAUCGUAAGACUGAGAAUGAGCUGGUGUGCAACUCCUACCGCAGUAAGAUCCAGGAGCUGUGGGAGAGACUGGGGGUCCCCCAGGAGGAACGAGAGGCCAUGUCAGAACACGUGGUCCAGUCCAGGAAGAAAAACAUGGAGGCUGUGAGCAUUUUUCUUUCUUUCAUAUUUUUCACAGCUACGGCACUCUUCUCGUAUUCCAAAUGUGUAAUUAUGUACGUAACCUGUCAGGCUGAUCAGAUAUGGACAUACUUGUGGCGAAAUGGAGAGGCCUAAUGUUCUCGGUCCAGUGAAGGAUGCAGUGGCUCGAUACAGUUAUAUUCAGGAAAAUGUUGAAUUACAUAUUAAUUUACCUUGUUACCGUACAUGUUUGCAGUGGCAAGGGAUGCAUUCAGAAUACCUACAACAAACCAUAGCCCUGAGUAGAAUGAUUUAGAAUACCUACAACAAACCAUAGCCUUUUCAGGUUGACUAAUACGUUAUCGCCUAAGGUUUGAAUGGAAUGUCAGAACUAUAAUUGAUUUAUUUAUUUAUUUUAUUUUUUUUACUGACUGACGUUUGCUGUUCCUUCCUCCAGUUAGAAGCGGAGUGCCGGCGCCUGGAGGAGCUGAAAAUGAGGAACAUGAGGAAUGUGAUAGAAGCCGUCAGGGCUGAGGUGGCUCUGUUCUGGGAGAAGUGUUACUACAGCCCGGAGCAGAGACAAGCCUUCGCACCCUACUAUGAUGGUCAGUCUGACAGUUUGACCGUAAUGUCAUUGAGUGUUGUUCAUUGGGGUACACCGUAGCAACACAUUUUGCAACGGACUGCUAAAAAUUGUAAAGUUUCUAAUUGGACGGGUAGUCCAGAUAACUGCGCCCUGUUCUCUUCCAUUUUGGUGACUAAUGAACUCGUGAACACAACCCUGGUUGUCCUACUGAGAUUUGGUACAAUACGUGUUCUUCAGCUGACUACACAGAGGCGCUGCUGAACCGACACGAGGCUGAGCUCCUGAGACUGAAGAGGCAUUAUGAAGACCACAGGGAGCUGUUUGAAGGAGUCAGCCGGUGGCAAGACAGCUGGACUCUGUUCCUACGACUGGAGGUGAGCGCUUGGUGAAUACGAAGUGUUCUCGUUUACAGAUAAUACGAAAUAAUGCACAUUGUUGAAGAAAAGCUUCAUAUUAAAAUCGCACUGCAAAAAUGUUAUUGAUGCUUACUGUAUCUUUUGCACUAUGAAGAUGUCACCCAUUGAGUCAACUGUUUGACCCCACCAUUCAUGUGUUUUCAAGUGGUCCUCUGUAGCUCAAUGUGGUCCUCUGUAGCUCAAUUGGUAGAGCUUGUAACGCCAGGGUAGUGGGUUCGAUCCCCGGGACCACCCAUACGUAAAAGUUCAUGCACACAUGACUGUAAGUCGCUUUGGAUAAAAGCGUCUGCUAAAUGGCAUAUUAUUAUUAUUAUUAUUAUUAUUAUUAUUAUUAUUAUUAUUAAGUGUGUUUUCAAGUGACUGUAUUAUGAACACUGUUGAACUCUCCACAGAAAAAGGCGACCGAUCCUUCUAGAUUCAACAACCGAGGAGGGAACCUACUCAAAGAGGAGAAGCAAAGAGCUGAACUGCAGAAAAGCCUGCCAAAGGUGAGGAGAAGUUGCAAUUUUUUAAAAAUGUUAAUUAGUUAGUACUUUACCCACAGGCUGUCCGAAUACUGAAUAGCUGGCCUGUUUUGGUUCUAUAUUUCUUGCUGUUUUUAUUGUGUGGGAUCUAUUACAUGGGGGGGGGAUAUUAAACUUUUUAAGCAUGUUCUCUCACGUGUUCCAGUUGGAGAAGAGCCUGAAGACCCAGAUAGACCAAUGGGAGGAGGAGCAGUACAGAGACUUCCUGGUUAAUGGACAGCGGUUCCUCCAGUUCGUACAGGAGCAGUGGGAACUACUGCGACUGGAGAAGGAGCGGGAGAAGAAUGAGAGGGUGAGGAUAAAGACAACAGCCCUGUUUUCAGUGCUUUUAAAAUGUGCUUCCUGCCUUCCGCGAGGUAAUCACUGAUCAAACACGACUAAAUAAAACGUUGAUCAGAUUUCCAAUCACCGUCUCCCUGAACACGGCUUUCCCCAAUCGUGUCGUAAUCGGAUCAGUGAUUUCUUCGAGGAAGAGCAGGGAAAAAAAAUGAUUAAAACGGUAGUGAUGAGUGGAUCUGGUUCAGAUGAGAAUGUUGACUGUGAUCUGUGAAACAAACAGCAACUGAAGAAGAGCCAGCAGAUCGAACAAGACAUGCUGUAUGGCACUGCUCAACGAACCCCUUCCAAAAGACGCCUUGCAGGGACCCCUACGCCUGGCAAAGCAAGAAAGGUCAAAUCACCUGUUUUUUUUGGUCAUUUUAAUUGAUUCGUCACUAUUGUGGUUGUUUUUUUAGGGGGAUUAAAUUCAAGCUGUUUUUAUUUUAGAAAUAUAUUACCAUUGUCAGUUUUUAGUUUAUUCGUAAUUCAGCAUUUUAAUAAAAAACGGGAGCACUGAAGUACUUUUCUCUACUAUAAAGCCAUCGUCUCUUUAUGUCUUCUUGGUGACUUAACGUGGUCCUGUAUUUUCCCACUCCUCUCCCAGCUCAAUGCCACUAGCAGCAUCUCCGGCUCUACUCCUAACAGCACCUUACGCUCUGCCUUCGGAGGAACCAUGUGUCAGUCUCCAGUCCCCAGGCUGCCCACGUCUGUCAGCAAGGUUGGUAUUGCACUCGGCGUCUGUGUUCAAGCAAAGACAAACUCCAUUUUUUGUGUGUGUGUGUGUGUUGUUUUUAAUGCCUAAGGAAAAUAACUGCCUUCUAACACCACCCUCAUAGCUUCCUCAGAGGACCCCGAGUCGUGUUGGAAGAACCCCCCGUACGUUGGAGAGGAACAAGGAGAACGUCUCCCACCCGAACGCCGCGGCUCUGAGCAGUGUGUUCAAAACCCCGGCCCGUAGCCCCGCCUCACGCCGUAACAUCAGCAUUAACACUGUCGCCGGCACCUAUUCUGAAUUUUCGGUAAUUUCCAACCCCAUUUCCUAG